CUGAAAUCGUUGUAAUUUUACUCGGUUACUAAGCGCUUGGUUGUCAAGUCCUAACGCCCGACAGUCAUUUUUAGCAUUAAGCAAAUGGUGAUGAGCCUGCGAGUGUCGGAGCUGCAGGUGCUGCUGGGAUACGCUGGGCGCAACAAACACGGGCGCAAACACGAGCUUCUGACUAAGGCGCUGCACCUGCUGAAGGCCGGCUGCAGCCCCGCUGUGCACAUGAAGGUCAAAGAGCUCUACCGACGACGUUUCCCGGCCAAAAUGGUGUCCCAUUCAGAGCUGGCCAUGCCCGGGCCGCACCACCCGGCCUCAGCUGGUGUGGUGGGAGGCGGGGGCGCCGCACUGCCCUCCGGCCUGACACAGCUGGCUUACGAGGGUCACGGCGGAGCCCCGUCGCCCGCUGCCUUACUGCCCCUCUCGCUGCUGGGCCCCGGGAAGCACGAGCUGACGGGGCUGACGCACCACCUAUCCGGCUCCACGCUGCACCCGGUCCACCCGGACGUGAAGCUGCAGAGGCUGCCCUUCUACGACCUGCUGGAUGAGCUCAUCAAGCCCACCAGUCUAGCGUCAGACAACAGCCAGCGAUUUCAGGAGACGUGUUUCGCCUUUGCAUUAACGCCACAACAAGUCCAGCAGAUCAGCAGCUCGAUGGACAUCUCGGGGACCACAUGUGAUUUCUCAGUUCAAGUUCAGUUGCGGUUUUGCCUGUCGGAGACGAGCUGUCCUCAGGAAGACCAUUUUCCACCCAAUCUGUGUGUGAAAGUCAACGGGAAGCCAUGUAACCUUCCGGGUUAUCUUCCUCCAACCAAAAACGGCGUAGAGCCCAAGCGGCCGAGCCGGCCCAUCAACAUUACCUCUCUGGUCAGACUGUCCACCACCGUGCCCAACACCAUCGUGGUGUCGUGGACCGCUGAGAUCGGAAGGAGUUACUCCAUGGCAGUUUACUUGGUGAAGCAGCAGUCGUCCACAGUGUUGCUACAGAGACUACGAGCCAAAGGCAUCAGGAACCCCGACCACUCCAGAGCUCUCAUCAAAGAGAAGCUCACAGCAGACCCAGACAGUGAAAUAGCCACGACCAGCCUUCGAGUGUCGCUGCUCUGCCCGCUGGGGAAGAUGCGGCUGAUGAUCCCAUGCCGGGCGCUGACAUGCUCCCACCUGCAGUGCUUUGACGCCACACUGUACAUCCAGAUGAACGAGAAGAAGCCCACCUGGGUGUGUCCUGUCUGCGACAAGAAGGCUCCCUACGAACACCUCAUCAUCGACGGGCUUUUCGUGGAGAUCCUCAACAGCUGCAUGGACUGUGAUGAGAUCCAGUUCAAGGAGGAUGGCAGCUGGGCCCCCAUGAGGUCUAAGAGGGAAGUGCAGGAGGUCUCCUCUGCUUCCUAUAGCAACGGGCUGGAUGGUUCAUGUCGGACGUCUGCAGGCUCGGACCAGCGGGGCUCGUCCAACAGCCACGGUGACAGCAGCAAUAGACAGAAGGUGGAGGUGAUCGACUUGACGCUAGACAGCUCCUCAGAAGACGAGAGCCAGGAUUCACCGCCUUCGCCACCGCCGCCACUUCCUCCUCCGCCCAAAAGACCGUGUCCCUCCAUGUCCCCGCCCUCUCCGCCACACAACAAAGGGGUGUUGAACCUGCACCACCAGGUCUCUCCUGUCAGCUGCACUCCCAGCAUGCCUGCCGUGGACACAAGCUACAUCCCUCCUGUCCCCCCCCUCAUUCAGGACUACAGACCGUACUACCACACCCCCACCGACCUGUCAGAGUUGAGCUUCUUCUCGUUUCUUCAAGGUGACAAUCAUCAGCAUUACAACAUGGUGAUGGCUGCCGCGGCCGCAGCUUCAGCCUCAGACGACCACGAGCUGCUUCUCAACCGCUUCCUGCCCUACAGCACCUCCUCCUCCUCCUCCUCACAGCUGUUCCUCGACCAAUCAGGAGGCUCCUCAGCCCCCUCGCUGACCGUGCCCACCAACGGAGCAAGCAACUCGGGCAGCAGCAGCAGCAGUCUGGUGUCGUCAAGCAGCCUCCGCGACACACACUCCACACACUCGUCUUCACACUCCUCACACACACACCCCGUGGUGGUGGCCACCCGGAGCAGCGCUGAGGCGGCAGUGGCAGCGAUUUACGGCGGGAUACCUGACGUUAUAUCGUUGGACUGACUGGAGAGCAGUCAGAACUACACUUUGGGUCCAGCUGAGAUCCAGUAACACACGUUUUUUGACUACAGGGUGAAGUUUUGAUCCAGAAAGUUGACUGGCGCCAAGUCAUCACACUUUGUGGAGUCCUAAUGAGGAGAGUGCCUCAACGAGAGCACUAAUAUUAUAUAUUAUAUAAUAUUAACAGAGGGUUCUCUUCACUAGACAGAGCGGUGGACUUCUGUUUGUGUACUGACUUCAGAUCAGGAACCUGUCCAGCAUGUUUAUGGUACCAACGCGGCACAAACAGCAAAGACUCUACUUGAGCAAAUCACACAAAGGACAAAUGCUCUUUUCUACAAAAACGAGGAGUUAGCACCGUGUACAGAGAACAAAUAUAUUUUCCUCUUUUACUUUUGUAUGUUAUAUCGGAAAAUGUUCAGUCAAGUGAGCUGCUUCAAUUGCUGCUUUUAAUUAGAGGACUGAGGUUGCAUUUCCCUUUUUUCUCUCAAAGCUUUGAUAUAACGCCUGUUGCCAUGUGGUCGUCUUUUGCUUCUCUUUUUGUCCUGCUUACAUUUAGCUUUAUUUGCAUUUCUACAAUAUGAACUUAAAGGUCCCAUGUCAUGGCCAUUUCCACUGAUCACAAUUCCAUUGUUGAGGUCUACUAGAAUAGAUUUA